GAUAGCUCAUCAAUGACCAAGAGGAGGGGGCUUGUGCGUAUAAAAAGAGGAAGAGUAGCCCCAACGCACAAAUACGACAGCGAACAAUAGAUGGACCCUCUCAGCACAGCAGCUACAAAAUACAGAAGCAGUCGAAUAAAAGAAAACAAUACUUGGUAUCACUAUGUUACCCAUACGUUCUUUGGAGACAGUCAUGCUUGUUAUUGUGCUGUGGGGUCUUUGCAGUUUGCCAAAUCUAGAGGGAUUACCACUCAGCAAGAGGUCAAUCAGUGAAGUUCAACUCAUGCACAACGUUCGGGAGCACAAGGAGAUGUUAGAAAGACAGGACUGGCUUCAGCUGAAGCUCAACAAUAUCAUCAUCCCCUCGAUAAAUGACUCCCAAAAGGAGCAAAAAGGGAAGACCAACGGCCCAUCUAUCAGACGUUUAAGAAAGGGGGAAGGUGCGGCGUGGAUCUUGAACUGACAUCGUCAAAACUGAUGUUUCUGAAAAGCUAAUGAACUCUAAAUAAUGAAAAGUGUUUUCUCAGUAACGUCAGUGCAGGAGGAGGACACAGUAAGUGUCAAUUAAAAUAUACCAUUGUACUCGGAGAAAGAAUGUGCACUGCUUUACUUAUGUCUUUUUAAUUUAUUUUCAAAUAUUUGUAUUUAUUCAUUUGUAAAUAAAUGUUGUUGUUUAGAUAUUUAAGCAUAUUUUUCAGAAACUGUGUAGGACAUACAAAGGACAAUGUCUUAACCUUGUAGUAGGCCUCUCUGUUUUCAAUGUUUUCAUAGUACCAUACUGACUUUUUAAAUGUACGUGCAACAAAUAUUUGUACUUUUUUUUUGGACAUCCAACAAUUGCACUAAAAUGUGGACCAACUGGAUGUGUUUAAUUAUACACUACAUUACAUAAAACUAACUAAGCAAGACAAAUUUUGUGUUCUUUCUUU